AUGAGUAAUUGGUUGGGGUUUUCUCUGACUCCACACCUUAGAAUCGAUGAAAGCUUUGGCAGACAAGACCAUGGAGGUUUCUCCUCUGUCAUGCCUUUGCGUUCUGAUGGCUCUCUUUGUGUUGUUGAUCCUUUUCGUCGCUCUUCUAAUGGCGCUGAAGAUUGGAGAUAUGAAAAUGGUAUUCGAAGUGCAAAUGAGGAAGGUCCUAAACUUGAAGAUUUCUUGGGGUGUUGUUACUCAAACUCUCCAUCUGAGGAGACCAAAGCUUAUUGCCAAACCCAAGAAGACCAAAACCAAAACAGUAUUUCUGCUAGAAUCAAUGUCAAUGUAGCUCCAAGUUAUAACGGUAAUGGGGAUAUGGAAACUGGAGAGAAUUUCACAAAUCCAUCUUCUUUGAUCCAAACUUACCACUUCAACGGCAACCCUCAAACCCUAAUGGCUAGUGAUCACAACCUCCAACAGUGUGAUCCAAACCCUAAUCAUAACCAAAACAAUGGCAUGUACCAUGUGCCUUUUGAGAGUGCAGCUUCAGUUUCAGGGUUCAAGUCCUGGUUGAGAGAAACUCCAUUUUCUGGAGGGAGAACUUCAGGUGAAGCAAGUAAUAAUUGUAAUUUUCAGUCGCUCUCUCUUACCAUGAGCCCAAGCUCCCAAAAUGGGUUGGUUGCAAUUGCACCAUUGGAACUUGUUGAAAACCGUAAACGACCCGUUGGAAGGACCCUAGCCAGAGAACCAGUUCCUCGCAAAUCUAUUGAUACUUUUGGUCAAAGAACCUCUCAAUAUCGUGGUGUUACGAGGCAUAGAUGGACCGGAAGAUAUGAGGCUCAUUUGUGGGAUAAUAGCUGUAGAAAAGAGGGACAAACAAGGAAAGGGAGGCAAGUUUAUCUUGGUGGUUAUGACAAGGAAGAAAAAGCAGCAAGGGCAUAUGACUUAGCUGCUCUGAAGUAUUGGGGUCCAACAACUCAUAUAAAUUUUCCUUUGAUUACUUAUGAGAAGGAGCUGGAAGAGAUGAAGAACAUGACCCGUCAAGAAUUUGUUGCUCAUUUGAGAAGGAAAAGCAGUGGUUUUUCAAGAGGAGCAUCAGUGUACAGAGGAGUGACAAGGCACCAUCAGCAUGGAAGGUGGCAAGCUAGAAUAGGAAGGGUUGCUGGAAACAAGGACUUGUACCUUGGAACAUUUACCACACAAGAAGAAGCUGCCGAAGCUUAUGAUAUUGCUGCAAUUAAGUUUAGGGGGACUAGUGCAGUGACCAACUUCGACAUAAGUAGGUAUGAUGUAAAGAGAAUUUGCUCAAGCUCCACUCUUAUUGGGGGUGACCUUGCAAAACGCUCACCAAAAGAGUCUGCCUCCAUCGCUCUUGAGGAUUACAAUUCAUGUAAUUCAUCAACAGCUGCUCAACCCCUGCUAGCUAUAUCAAGUGGUGAAGCAUCUGAUGAAUUGGCUGGCAUGGUCUGGAGUGCAAAUUCAGAUGAUCAGCAGCAGCAUCAAAGUAAUAACACUAACAAUGAUGCAUCCUUGGCAACUUCAAAUAGCCGAAAUUCCUCUAACCCCCAAAGUCCAAAAUGCUCAGUUGGAUUAGCUAGUGAUCAGUUUGGCAUUGGUGGAGACCACUCUCAGGGUCAGGGCUACUUAUUACAGAGUCCCAAGUACGAAGAUGGCAACAAUGGGACUGAGAAUUCAAAUGAAAAUCGGCUAGGCAAUGUGGGUUUAGUUCACCAGGUCCCAAUAUUUGCACUUUGGAACGAGUGAUCCACAUUAAAUUGUUCAAGAACUUCAGAGACGCUAAUUGAUGAAGGAAAAGUGGUUUAGUUUCAACUUAGAAAACUAGCUAGAAAGAGGCUAGGAUAUGUCACACAGAAUAUCAUGGAAUUCAAUGGUCGUAGGUCUUUAAUUAGUUU